AUGAGUAGCACCCACUUCCCAUCAUGGACCGAGCAGCAGAGCCUAUUCAAGCUAUCAUGUGCUGAUGCAGAGACCUGUAAUCAAUUUUCAGAUAUAGAUAGUAUGCCAUCGCUUCAGAGAACCGAUUCUGAACUAGGUGCAAAGAAGAUGGCCAUUCCUCGACUAGCCGAAGGGGCAGAAUCUGCUUUUACCUCCCCUGGCAGAUUUCAUCGUCGGCAUGUUCGUCGAGCGUGCGAGUCAUGUCGGCAAAGGAAAACAAAAUGCACUGGAGAUAAGUCUGGCUGUCGUAAUUGCCGUGAAGCUGGCAUUAUUUGUUGCUACACGGAUGGUAAACGUGAGAAGUCUAAGCGGCAACUUGCCAGCCUUUCGGCUAAAGUCCAAGCCUAUGAGGACGUGAUAAAGCGACUUAGUAGUCGCUUUGGCGUUUCUGAUGAGCAGUUGGUGAAUAUUGCGUUGACAGCAGGCUCUGCUCCAGAUCUUGCACUUCACUCUGAUGGAAGUGCUUCAAGGGGAGAGAACAAAACAUCCUGUGAUUCUGAACCACCACCUUCUCGAUCAUCUUCAACCACGCCUUUGGAUUUGAUCGAUCAUACGGAGGAAGACUUCAACAGAGACGAAACUGCACGGGCAACAGGAUUCAUUGGAAAGAGCUCUGAGCUCAACUGGCUUCAGAAACUGAGUAGAGAAGUCAACAAUGAAUGCGAGGCCUGGUCUGCAAGCAUGUCAAAUUCAGGUGAUGACAAUGGUCUACCAUCACCUACACUGACUCCUCGACCGGAGAAUCCCGUUGAUCCUUUGAUUGCAGCAUCCAACUACUAUCUCGAUGACCUGGACAUCCCUGGCAAGGAUCAAGUUGAUCCCCACGCUGUUCCAUCGCGAGAAACUGCAACCAAGCUUCUAAAUGCUUACCUCACCUCUGUGCAUCCAUCAUUCCCAAUAAUUGGUAUCUCAACAUUUGUCUCGCAAUUCCAGGUCUUUUUCAGUCAGCCAACCCUAAAACCGGGAAACAAAUGGCUGGCUAUACUCAACCUUAUCUUUGCUGUUGCGGCAAAAUAUGGUCAGCUGACCAACGCAGAUUGGCAGGAAGAGGAAGAUGAUCAUGAGUUGUAUUUUGCGAGAGCCAGAGUGCUCAGUCUGGAGGAUCAGCUUUUGCAUCAUCCCGAUCUCCAGCAACUUCAAGUUGAAGGCCUCGCGUGCUUCUAUAUGAUCUCAUCAGGGCACAUUAACAGGGCAUGGAAACUGUCUGGAAGUGCUGUUCGAGGCGCAUUAGCUCUUGGUUUACAUCUACGCAAUGCGGGCCCUUGCACAUCGGAUACUUCUAAAGAGAUCCGGUAUCGUGUCUGGUGGUCACUGUACAAUGUUGAUCAUCUCCUUUCCGUCAUGACUGGUCGACCAUCUUGCAUCACCGAUGACUACUGCACGACACCUCUGCCUGUUCCCUUUGACGAAAGUGACUUUCAAAAGGAAGAGGUCUCGCAAUUGAUCAGCACUUCGGGUCGUGGUACUUUGAGUCCUCUUGAUCGCAUGUCAUUCAGCAAUAGUGUGGCUAGCUUGGACUCUAAUGCUGACUCGGACACCAAUGAUACGCCUGCAGAGGGUGACACAAAAAUGAUCCGAGCUGAGUAUCUAAAGAGUCUGCCGCCUUGUGUAUCGCUGUACUUUUUGCAGUUGACCUCACUCAAUACUAUCGCCAAGCGCAUGGCAGUGAAGCUUUACAGCCCCGAGGCCUUGCAGUCACCAUGGGCCAGCACUCAGUUCACGAUUCAGAGUUUGAUGCUGGAGAUUGAUUCUUGGUUCAUGAAUCUUCCAUCGGCUUAUGACUUCACCUCCACACAAACCUCGCAAUGUCCUCUUGGUCAUCGAAUGGGCCUUGCUUUCCUAUUCUACAGUACCAAAAUUGGUAUCACUCGCCCUUGUUUGUGUAGACUUGAUCCAUCGCCAGCUGAAGACGAUAAAACACACGAGUUCUGUAGCAAGACAGCCGCUGAAUGUGUCGAAUCUGCAUGUCAUAUGUUGACACUAUUCCCGGAUACCCCAGAUGCAGCGCUUCUUUCUCGGAUCUCUCCAUGGUGGUGUACUCUUCACUAUCUCAUGCAAGCUGCUACUGUUCUUCUCUUGGAGCUUGCAUACAGAGCUCAGCAUGUCCCCGAGAAAGCGGUCAUGGUAUCUAAGGCAGCAAAGAAAGCUUUAGAUUGGCUGUCAGCAUUAUCCAAAUCAAAUCUCGCAUCCGAGCGAGCCUGGAAGCUCUGCAACGGAUUCCUCCGUCGUCUAGCACCACAUGUUGGAAUUGACGUUGAUGAUUUCUCGGGUAAUGACAACGACGAAUCAUCUGCCGCUUCUCUCCUGGAUGCAACAGAGAUCGAAGAUACCGCAAAUCUCGAAGCAGACCAAAUUGUGGACGAUAUUACGUUCGACCCAACUGUAACCCUGCCAACAGCCUCGGUGACAACUUCAGUCGAUACUAUUGCCGCAGAGAUGGACUCCAUUGUGUGCUCGCCAAUGGACCAGUCCGAUACUCCGCUUGCGAUACCUGUAUCUUCGUAUGGCCUCGAGCCGGAUCUACUGGAUCAGUUCAUCAAACCAGAGAAAUCAGUUUCUGGUAAAGGAUCUUAUGAUGACUACUUCCCUUAUGAUCCUGCUACCGGUCAGAUUACGGGUUCAUUUUUCCCAACGGGACCAAACUUGGAUUUUGACAUGGGAUACUCCUGGCCUGAUCCAGUUUGUUAA